GCAAAGAAUAGUUCGUCUUUAGUGCCGCGAUUUCUGUCAGUUGAAUGUACUAACAUUUGGGGAAAUUUAAUCGAAGAAUUAAAUCCGCGCAGUUAAAGAAAGGAAUGGCCGCAGAUAAGGAUGUGUUACGAAAGGAAAAAUCCCAAAACACAGUUUCAAGAAAAGUGGUGACGAAGGGUGAAGGAUAUGGAAAUACUUCAAAUAGAAGGAUUUUGCCAAAACGGAAAACGAAAUCAAUGGGACGGGGAUAUUCUGAGGACCUGUUUGUCUUGACUUCACCACCGAACAAGCGUAGUCGAUCAUCGAUGGCCCUGCAGCAGGCUAAGUUGAUUCCAGCUUUUAACUACGGCGAGAACUUAAAUGUGUUUGGAUUUGAAAGUGAAUAUGAGGAUAGCAAAAGUGAUUCCGAAAAUGUGAAAUCAGAAGUAUUAUGUCAUUCACUAAUAUCACUUCCGCUUCCAUCGACGGCCACAGAAACACUAAACAUUUGUAAAAAAAGAGUUUCGGUUGCCUCGGAAGCUUGGAAAUCUAGGAGAUCAUCAAUUUGGAAGCAGAAGAUUGGUACAUCGGAUAAUAUUGGACACAGAAAUGGUUUUUCACUGCAUAAGCCAAUUAGGCUGAAAAAUACUGUAGCACAUACCGGAAUCGACUUCACCGCUGAUGGAGCUGGGAAAAUUAAAUCUGGAAGUGUUAAUGAAGGCGUGGACAGGCCUAUCAAACGGAUUGAUGGCUUGCAUUUCAAUGAUUGUAAGAAACCGUUGAUUAUACUGAAGCGAACGAAAGUUCUUGCUGGAGCCAGAUUCAUCGAUAAUGAGCAUGAUUCAUCAGGGUGCGGAUCUGAAGAUAAUGAUGAUGAUAAAGAUUUUGAGUGUCCCGAAAUAUUAGAAAGUUUCAGUGGACCGGAUUCUGAUUCCGAAACUAAUUCAAACUUUCGUUCUGUGAAUCGAAAAAUACAAAGACACCAAAAUAACUCAGUUUGUGAAAGCAGAAGGCUAAUUGCAGAAAAAAGGUCGGACGAUAAAGGUACUGCACGCGGUGUCAUUUCGAACGUUUGCCCAAUGGUUACUUUUUCAACUCAGAGAGUCGAAACUCUGGAAGCAGUUUAUCGUCGUUUACAUACUUCUGAGAUUCCGGAACGGUUGCCAUGUAGGGAGACGGAAUUCGAACGAAUAUGCGCAUUUAUAAAAGAAUGCAUUGCAGAUAAUGCGAUUUCGCAAGCAAUGUAUGUAAGUGGUGUACCAGGUACUGGCAAAACUGCAACCGUACUGCAAGCUGUACGCCAUUUGAAAGCUUCUAAAAAAUUUUCUACAUUUGAUUUUGUUGCGGUUAAUGCUAUGGAACUCUCAGAUCCAAAACAAAUAUUUGUCAAAAUUUAUCAAGAUUUAUUCAAUGUGGAGAAAAAAAUCGCACCAAAAACAGCACGGAAGAAACUGAACAAAAUCUUUCAAUAUCGUGACAGGAAACGAUUGCCAAUCAUUGUUUUAGUUGAUGAGCUGGACCUAUUAAACACUAAAAAGCAGGAAAUAAUUUACGAUAUAUUGAAUUGGUCUGCAAACGAAGAAUCGCUUGUAAAUGUCAUAGCCAUUGCGAAUACUUUCGACCUUCCGGAAAGGCUUUUUUCACAACGUGUUUCAAGCCGAUUGGGUACCAAUAGGCUCUGUUUCCAACCAUAUGAUCAUAACGAAGUCGCAUACAUCAUCCGAGAUCGUCUAUGCGAUUCAAGUGCUGUUGAAGCGGAAGCUGUUGAAUUAGCAAGCCGAAAAGUGGCAGCUAUAUCGGGUGAUUUGCGAAAGGCUCUAGAUAUCCUACGAAGCGCUACAGAGCUUGCAAUCAAUGCUAACCAGAAACAGCUUACAAUGAAAAACGUACAAGAGGCUAUUCGUCAAGCAUCUACAAGUGUUCGAAUUGAGUUGAUACGAGCUUUACCGCGUCAUUCUAUCCUACUUCUUCGUGCUGCUGUUGCUGAACAAUUGAGUUCAGGCUUGGAUGAAUUCCAGUUUCACAUUCUUUUGAAACAGUAUCGCUUGCAGUGCAAUGUUGCAAACAUUACCCCUGUGUCGACAAGUGCUGCAUAUCGAAAUGCCAUGGAAAUGUGCAGUGAACGAUUAUUGGUAGCAGCAUCUGGAACCGGUAGUAUGUCCCGACGUUUCCGUCUUGGAAUGACAACGCAUGAUAUACAGUUUGCUUUCAAACAAAUUGAUGAAUCAUUCCUUUGA